AAAACUCAAAAACAGCUGCAUUUAAUUUAACCCGAUUCGAUUUGCGAUUUUUGUCCUUUGGUGUCCUUUUAUGAGAUGAUAUGCCGACUCUGCCUGGAGGAUGCUGAGCACGGGGUGCCCAUUUUCGACCCGGACCCCACGGCGGCGCAACCGGCGCUGCGCCGGCUGGCGGAGCUGAUCGAGCGACAUCUGCAGCUGGUGCUGGCGGCCAACGAUGCGGUGUCCACGUGCCUGUGCAACCGCUGCUGUCGGCAGCUGACCGAGAUCGAGCUCUUCUGCUCCAUGGUGGCCGACAAGCAGCGUUCGCUGCACCGCUCGCUGCAGCUGAAGACGGAGCUCCCGGAGCUUCCAGAGCCCGCUUUGGUUGUCUGGAACACGGAGUCGCCCAUCGAGCCGAAGCUGAGCUACGAGGGCGACGACAUCAAGGAUCAUAUACUAUGCGAGCCAGUAAUCGACGCUCUGUCGGCGGGCGAUGAGAAGGAUAGCGAGUAUGGGGACACCUUCGAGCCGGAAAUGCAGCUGGAGGAUGAGAAUGAGGAUGAGGAUGAUGAGGAGGAGCCCCAGCUGGACCCGGUGAGGCCGAGACCCAGGGGCAGGCCGCGCAAGACGCCACUGCAGCCUCAUCAGAUCAUCAAAAGGAAGUACGAGAAGCGCAAGCAGCAGAACAAGGAGCUCUCUUUAAGGGAAUCGCGGGCCAGGCUGAGGGAGAUUAAGCGCGAGGAGGAGGAGGAUGAUGAGGAGGAGGAGGAGGAGGAAGAUGAGGCGGCAUCGCCAUCCCCCGACGAGCAGCCAAAGCCGCGCGGCAAACGCGGCCGUCCCAAGACCAAGAAACUUGUAACCGCCGACGACGACAGCGAGGCGCCCGUGAAGCGCAGCAGCAUCAAGGAGAUGGACGACUAUAUAGCCGCCAAUGUGAAGCUGGACUGCGCCAUUUGCGCCGCUCCCUUGGAGGAUUUCAACGAUCUCAAGCGCCACUUUCGCGUGGAGCACGACUGCACUGGUUAUGUGAAGUGCUGCAAUAAUCGGUACAAGAAGCGCACGCUGUAUGUCGAUCAUCUGCACUGCCACAAGGAUCCGCAGUACUUCAGUUGCCAGAGCUGCCGCAAGAAUUUCCUCAAUCGCAACAGCCAGGUGAUGCACAUGCUGCGCUUCCAUUCGCAGCAGCAGGAGCUCGUCCAUCAGUGCGCCAUCUGCGAGGCGCGCUUCGCCAAGAAGUUCCUGCUGACGAUGCAUUUGAAGGGCCACAAGGGCACCGAGCGGCCCGAGGUGUGCGACACCUGCGGCAAGACAUUCCGCACCAAAUUCGAGCUGAGCGCCCAUGUUAAGCGCAUGCAUGCGGCCGACUUUACGCCCAUCAUUUGCGACAUCUGCGGCACGCAUUUCCGCAGCAAGGCGAACUUUCUCAUCCACAAGAAGGCCCUGCAUCCCGAUGGGCCCGUGGCGGAGGUGCAGUGUACCCUGUGCGGCCGCUGGCUGCGGGACGAGCGUAGCCUGCGCAAGCAUCUGGCGCGCCACGAUGACCGCGACGGCGACACCAAGUACCGAUGCCUGCUCUGCAAUGCAGAGAAGUCAUCCCGUGCCGCACUCAGCAGCCACAUGCGGUACCAUCACUCCGCCAAGCGGCACAAGUGCAGUCUCUGCGACAAGGAGUUCAAGUUGCCAAGGGCGUUGGCAGAGCACAUGGCCACCCACACGGGCAUCGAUUUGUAUCAGUGCCAGUUCUGCACGCGCACCUUUAAGUCGCACGCCAACAUGCACAACCACAAGAAGAAGAUGCAUCCCAACGACUGGGUGCGCAAGUACUCGCAGCCCAGCAGCAGCAUGACCUCCACGGCGGCUCCUCCGCUUGCAGCUCCUCCGGUUGCAGCUCCUCCUCCACCUCAGCCUCAAUUAGCUACUCCCAUGCUGCCGCCGCUGGGCGGGAUGGACAGCAAGUCCCUCAUCGAGAUACCCGAUCCCGAGGGCUUCGACUUUGUCAGCAACAGCUCCGUGUGUCCCACGCCCGACUGAAUCUGCUUGUUUUUGUGUGUGUAAG